AUGGCUUCAAACGAUGAUCAUAUCCUUACGCUGUCAUGCCCGGACAAGCCUGGCAUCGUUCACGCCGUCACUGGCCUCUUGGCAAACCAUGGUCUCAAUAUUCUAGACUUACAACAAUUCUCAGACCGGACGUCUAAGAAGUUUUUCAUGAGAGUCCGUUUUGGCCAUGCUGAGUCAACGGCUAACUUAGAUGAGCCAAUGGCGAAGCUCGCGGCGGAAAUGGAGAUGGACCAGUACGACUUACGGUCGACGAGCCAGAAGCCCAGGGUCUUGAUCAUGGUGUCUAAAAUUGGACACUGUCUGAAUGACUUAUUAUUCAGGGCCAAGUCAAACCAGCUGGGCAUUGAGAUCCCCUUAAUAGUCUCCAAUCACCCGGACUUUAAGCCCCUAGCCGAGAGCUACGGGAUCGCAUUCCACCAUCUCCCCGUAACCAAGGAGACGAAGCUUGAACAAGAACGCCAGAUUCUAGACCUGAUUAAGCAGGAAAAUAUCGACCUGGUGGUGCUGGCACGCUAUAUGCAGGUCCUAAGUCCUGGACUGUGCUCAGCGAUGAGCGGCAAGAUCAUCAACAUCCACCACAGCUUCUUACCGUCGUUCAAGGGGGCAAAGCCGUACCACCAGGCCUACGAGCGCGGCGUCAAGAUCAUUGGUGCCACGGCGCAUUUCGUCACGGCGGAUCUAGACGAGGGCCCGAUCAUCGAGCAGAGAGUCGCGCGCGUUGACCACAGCAUGAGCCCUAAGGAGUUGGUCGAGGAGGGAAGCAAUGUCGAGAGCCAGGUCUUGGCUGCAGCUGUCAAGUGGUGGAGCGAGAAGCGUGUAUUUUUGAACGGGCAUAAGACUGUUGUAUUCAACUAG